AUGGCGACGCCAUGGCAGAUUCGCGUUCCCGUCACUGACACGGGCCUGUUGAAAUGGGCGCAGACCGACGAGGCUGCCGCAAAGGUCUCUGAGCUUUUGCAAAAGGAUCUUGAAAGCCACCAUGUAUUCUUCAACGCGGAGGGCUUUCAUAAUCAUAUUGUCCAUCUCCUACUCUCUCUCUACGCCACCGGUGCCUCUGCCAGCGUCCUCGAGCAGGCUUACGAAGAAAACCACUCUUAUCAAAUCAAGGCCAUGAAUACUCGCCCUGAUGUGGUUGAGGAGCUUAAGAGCGGGUGGUCAGCAGACUGUCCGUACCUCGGAAAGGGAAAGCACUAUCCCGAUUUUCUCAAAUUCUUUCAGGAUGAGAUUGAGGAAAAGGGGUGGGAGAAGGUCUUGCUGGAGUAUGUUUUUAAAGGAGAUGAGAGGAGCGAGACCAUCUUCGGUCGCCUCUUUGCUGGAUUCUUACAUCCCCUUAUCCAGCUCAUGUACGGCAUCGAAUGGCGCCAACCUGCCAUCAUCGCCGAGGGCCUCGCCCAAGCCGCCGUCCACGAAAACCGCGUAGGCGUAUUCCUCACCAAAGUCGAGCAAGCCGCCCACUCUCAACCUCAGUCAGCCUCGAAAACCCCCCUGCCCAAGCUCUUCGAGUCCGUCGGGCAGUUCAGCGAAAAGCUCGCCACGAGUGCUCGAUACGGGGAUGCGAACAAGGUGUACGACGGCGUCUUUGUGCGUGCCCCUGACGAAGCGCUCGAGUUUUUGAAGCAGGUCAGGGUUCGGGAGGAUGAGCUUGACGAGAGAUUGGCCGAGAUGGCUCAUUCGUGCGCGUAUGUCGCUACCACGGCGGCGUUCCAUCCGCCAAACGUCCCCAAGCUCGACUUUUUCUUAAUUCAUCACCUCAACUCGUCGCCCUUUUUCGUCACGCUUCUCUCCUUCCCCUGGCUCCCACCCUCUCAAAAGGCUCGCAUGCUCGAAUGGAAAAUCCGCCUCGAUCUCGUCCAGUACAUCGCCCGAGGGUGUCCACCGCUUCGCCUCGACGCCCUCAAGUCGUUUACUCCACAAAACGACUCAGAGACUCCUGUGACGAAGCCGGAGGACCUGCUUCCGCGAUUUCACGACAUUCUCGACGAUGGACAUACCAUCAAAGUCGUCCGCGCGCUGUUUAUCGCGAAGGAGUUAUCCAGAAAGUUUGCUGAUAGGCCGUGGAUCCGUAUAGUGGAUGACGAGACGUGGUUGAAGAUGCAUCAGGUCUUGUUGCAGAGCACAGAAGGGCCGCAGGAACCUUCCAUGUGGGUGAGAUCCGCUGGAUUCGAUGAUGCGUGGCAGAAUGUGCCCAAGGCGGCUGAUGGGAAAUUGUAA